GCAUUGGAAGAAAAGAGGUUGCAACUCUGAAAUUUUUCCUUUUGGCUUGAUGUGCUGUUGGCUUUUUCGGUUUAAAUAAUUUUGUUAAUUGCUUCAUUUUAAGUUAAUAAAAUGUAAAUCCAAUAACUUAAAAGCAUUAUUAACAUAUUGCGCAAAGAUUUGAAUAUUUUCGGUUCGGUUUUAAUGAUUUCUGUGCAUUUUAUUUGCGGCCUUCAUGGUAGAAACAACCUGUGAAACUUGUUUUUGUUGUUGUGUUCGAUAAUUGAGAAGAAAAGUCUCGGUCGUGUUCUUGUAUGGUGAGGAGUGGCUGACUUUGUGGAGAAGUUAAAAAGUGACAUAAACGUCAAAACAGCGGCAAAAAAGUGCUUAGAAAAUUUGUGAUUGGGUAUUGGGGAAAUCGCAGGCGAAGUCCAAAAAGACAAAACUGAUACCCAAAAAGCAGUAAGAACAGGAUCAGUAGGUUUAUGCCGACAACGUACAAGUUUAGCUAAACCACAGACUCGAAACUAUUGUGGGGCGGUGGCGGCGGCGCAGUCGUUGCGUUUCGGCAAGCUACAAGUUGCUGCAUCAACUAUUGCUUGACGUUAGCUUAAAGUAAGACAGAAUUAGGAUACGAAGUGGGAAAAUUUAUAGCAACGACGAUACCGAUUGGACACGUUCAAACGUUGAUGAAGUAGUUGAGACGAGUGCUGAAGAAAGGUGUCGAAAGUGGUCUGGCGAAUGCUUGUAUUCAUGUAAAUUUUGCUAGAGGGAAAUGUUGCGCUUUUUAAGUCGUCGGAAGGUGCGUAGCAACUAUGUGGAAAGCAGAGGUGGCGUUGCCGGUGGUCCCGGCGGAGCUGGUGUUACAAAUGCAAACAGUAGUGGCGGCACACAAAUUAAGGCGCAGCGUAUGCCAGUCAACAAAAAUAAAAUUGAGUGUCGCGUAGUGCUUUUAGACAAUACAGAUCUCUCUAUCGAACUAUCAAAAAAGGCACUCGGCAGCUUCUUAUACGAACAAGUCUUCUAUGCAUUAGACGUAAUCGAAAAAGAUUACUUCGGUUUACAGUUUACUGAUGCGAACCAUGUUAAGCACUGGCUGGAUCCUACAAAACCUAUAAAGAAGCAAGUAAAGAUCGGACCACCAUACACCUUUCGUAUGAAAGUUAAGUUCUAUUCGUCGGAGCCAAACACCUUACGCGAGGAGCUGACACGCUAUCUAUUCUUCCUCCAAUUGAAACAAGAUCUACUAGAAGGUCGCUUAGAUUGCCCCGAUGACAAAGCUGCUGAAUUGUGUGCGCUCGCAUUGCAAUCUGAACUUGGUGAUUACGAUGAACAAGUGCACACAGCGGCCACGGUUUCGGAAUUCCGCUUUGUGCCGGAACAAACUGAGGAUCUCGAAAUUGCCAUAUUGGAUGAGUAUAAGACAUGUCGCGGUCUGACGCCUGCGCAAGCAGAAACUGCCUACUUAAAUAAAGCGAAAUGGUUGGAUAUGUAUGGUGUUGAUAUGCACACAGUCUUGGGUAAAGACGGUUGCGAGUAUCAUUUAGGCCUAACACCAACUGGCAUUUUGGUUUUUGAGCGUGAUCAAAAAAUCGGCUUAUUCUUCUGGCCGAAAAUCAGUAAAUUGGAUUUUAAAAAGAAGAAACUCACGCUAAUCGUUAUCGAAGAUGAUGAUGAAGGACGCGAGCAGGAACACACUUUCGUCUUUCGCUUGUACAACGAGAAAGCGUGCAAACAUUUGUGGAAAUGUGCCGUAGAGCAUCAUACAUUCUUCCGUUUGCGUGCGCCGGUCAAAGGGCCUUCGGCACGUCAAAACUUCUUCCGUAUGGGUUCACGUUUCCGCUACUCUGGGCGCACAGAGUUUCAAACGACACAGCAAAGUCGUGCCCGACGCACUGUACAAUUUGAACGUCGUCCCUCACAACGUUUCGCCAGCCGUCAGUCGCAUCUGCUACGUGAACGUCAAAAAGCUUCACAAGAAGCGGCUGCCUCAGCUGUAGCCGCGGUAAAUGCACGUGCCGCAGCAGCAGCCGCCGCCGCAAUUGAACCGGCUAACACCACACUCGACUCGUUGCUCACGAAUACCUCGACAGUCGAGUCGCAACUGUCCAAUGCGGCUACACCCUCGCCAUCCAUACAAACGGUUAUUUACAAUGCCAAUGCAGAUUUGCUAAAUGAUACGGCAACAAGCAGUGCAGCUGCGGCGCGUAUCGGUAGUAGUGGCGUGCGUCGUAAUUCCAUGCGUUCGGAUUCCAGUGGCGAAGAAAGUGGCUACACGAAACUCGAUUGCUAUAAUAAGGAAGCUUUGGCAGUAAAGCUUGACACUGAUUCCAUUGGUGCAACCAGUAGCUUAUACCCACCAACUACAACGAAAAAUGUCGAUGAUACAAAUCCGUUUAGAAACAAUGCCUCCUCGCAUCAUGGUUCCUUCGGCAAAGCGUCCAUCAGCUCGGGCUUCAGCAUUAGAAGUGCCUUAUCGGACAAAGAUAAAGAGCUAGAUUCAUUACUUAAGUCCAUUGUUAAAGAUCCAUCCCCAUCUAUACUAGCAACUGAAGCUAUUAAUGAUGCUAACAGUAUCAGGGUAACAAUAAAUAAAACCUUCGAUAUGGAACACAACACAGAGACAUUGAAGCGUCUUUCCAGCUCGGAUAAGCCGAAUAAUCAAGUGAAACUGGCAAAUGUCGGCGGUGGCGCACUGCCGCCCGGACAUAUAAAAUGCAAUAUUUUGAAGGCGCGCGUCGAAGAAGAGCUUGGCACUGGUGUGCACUCCAAUGCCAACACGAAUGCGAAAAUGACAAAUCAAAUGUUUGUGCCCGCGCCAAGCACAGUGCAACACAACAACAGCAAUAGCAAUAGCAUCUUCAGCAGUAUUAAUACGAACAACAACAACACGAUGUAUAGUAGUGACGGCCCAGACUCAUUAAAUGCCACCUACAUUUCUGUGGGCGGUGAUAAAUUAACUUUGAGCAUAACGGAACAAAAACCAACUAGCAGCACCGCAAUCACUGUGGGCAGUGGCAAGUCAGAGGCGAAUGCCACGAACACAUACGUUGCCGAGGCGACUGUUUUGCCAUCGCCCACAACACCAUCGGCGCGAAAGAUAACCGCUUCCAAAACGACAAUAUCACCAUUUUCCAAUGCCACUUUCAUAUCCGAAUUCAAUAGCAUGAGCCCCAACGCAUCGUCGUCGUCGUCGUCAUCUUACAAUAAUACGCAUACAAGCACAGUUUUCACCACAACAACAGCGAAUCCUGCCAGCGCCAACGAAACAUUCACAAUUCGCAAAGGCAAUGUCUCAACAACAACAGGUGAUAAUUUGUUGUUGACACCCACUACGCCAACAGCAAACAUUGCCACUAUAACCACGCCACCACCAACGCCCACUCACACAUUCAGCACCACAGCUGCGAGCAAUGCUUCCGCUGCGGAGCGUUUAAUUAACGAGAUUUUCAUUAAUAACAUAAUAAAUAAUAAUGUGCGUGCCACGAAUGAGAAGAAGUCGGCCAGCAGCACGCUUAUUGGUAAGAGUAAUGAAACGGAAUUGGUCAGUAUCGAUGGUGUCAACAAAUCGCCGACCAAACCGUCCGCUGGCACAACACUAUUCUCCACUUUGCGUGAGCAAGAACGCCAGCAGCAACAUGUAAACGAUGUGACUAACGAGCAGGAGCGCUGUGAAACUGAUGCGCAAAUGCUAAUGAAAAAAGAAAUUGACAAUAAGCAUCAAAAUAAUCAUUCCGUCACUCAUAUUCCGAACAACAACGACAUGGUGUCACCUUGGCUGGUUUCAUCGGAAGUGGUUUCAGCGCCUAAAGGCAAAGAACCAUCAAUUAUACGAAAAUCCGUUAUAACAACGCAAUUGUAAGUGCUCAAUUUUCUGAUAAUUAAAUUAGUUAGACAACAGUUUCGAGUAUGCGACCGUUAAGUUGCCUUAAUUAAAAAAAAAGUGUUAGAAAUUUAUUUAUUGAAAUUUUAAAAGUAAAUGCCAAUGCAUUUGUGCAUGACGUAAAUGCCGA